UAGUUUCUGAAAGUGCUGAUUACUAUGACGCGAACUCAACACGUCAUCUCAUUUGAGUUUGUUGAUUGUGAUAUGUGAUAUUAUGUGCUGCCUUAUUUUCUUUGGUGUUUUUCUAGUUCCAAUGUACCGGAGGGCUUUCUUUUUAAUAUUUCUAUUGGGGGGCAAAUCUAAAGCUUCUGAUGAAGCCGAACCAUCUUACGAAUGUGGCCGGCAUGGCAGAUUCGAAUACUGUAUCGAUGGAAUUCCUGGCUGUGUAGUUGGGUGUCAUUGUCAUCCAGGAUAUUACUUUGAUACUGAUUCCAAAAUAUGUGAACCAAACACAAAGCUGACCAAUGAUUAUAGACGACACUAUAGGCUAGAACCAACCCGGGCACCAAUGGUAACUUUCGGUCAAUUAACCAUCCCAACUCUUACGACAACCAACCCCAUUGAUGAAAAAGUUGACACCAUAACUAAAGAUACCGACGACCUUGGUGACUGGCUUUACAACCAGUUCUUUAAAACUAUAGAAAAUCAAGUCAUUAACAGCACCGAUGACGAAAAAAUGACGAGAAGAAGUGGUAGUCAAUUUCCUAAACCUAAAAGUUUGAGGCGUUCACGCAAAAGAAGCAGAAAGACGUCAAAGAGAAAAAAAUCUAAGAAAAAAGGGCUAAAAAAGAAAAUAAUGAGGAUUACUGAAGACGACAGUCUAUUUGAUUCAAGCUCUGACUCGAGUUCGGAUGAAAGCAGUAGUUCCACAGAAAGUGACAGUGAUAGUUCAGAUGACGAACAUGGGCACAGGAAAAUUCUACUUCUCAACAAAAAGCCAAAGCCUCCAUUGCCUUCGUUUAUUUUUUUGCCAAACACCGCCGUCAACACUCCAUUUUAUCCUCCUAUAGGGUUACCCCCACCACCAGCUAUCGUUCCUAUGUAUCCAAUGGUACCGGUACCACCUGUUGACUAUCAAGGACAUGCAGACUGCAAUGAUGAUAGCAAGACCACCACAACGACAACGACAACGACCACGGCAAGUAGUUCAGCAGACACCACGACAGACACUACCACUGCCGCCGCCACUCAAGACACUACAACUGAUACAGUCCUGAGAGCCAGAGAAUCGCCAGCACUGAGGAGCAGUAAACAUGGGCAUCGAAAUAAAUUGCAACAAUUCCGUGAAAAAAUGAAAAGGCGAAAUAAACCACCUUCCAUGAAUUUUCUUGAUAACUAUCCAGAUCCAGAAACACCUUACGCUAAUGAUCCCGAAGCACCUCCAAUACCGUUUGAUUUUAGGUCUAAAGAUAUGUACGACCAAAUACCUCCAAUCGAAGAUGUUGAUUUUAAAUACCUUUCUCAGCUUAUACAUAAAAUUGACCUUAACAAAACCAAACCAGAUUUACCAUUACAACUCAGGCAACGAAUGAUGGAUGCACCAAAUCGUCCUUUCCGAAGAACUUAUUCAGUGAAUCCUCCAGCACAUUACGAUUUGACACAGAAAUUGAGACCGGCAUCAAAGGCCGACGAAGUCAAUGAUUCUUAUUAUAGUAAUUUGGGCAAACAAAUAGCUUCAUUGAUCAGAAAAGUGGACACAGAUGGCGAACGCCGUAUAAAUAUAGAAAUAGAACAACAAAACCAAGAUCCAAUGCAAACAAUUCUCAAUGAAAAUAGAUAUUCGCCGCGGUCUUAUUGGGAAAGGUUUAUACGCUCGCCUUUAAAACAAAGCUUUAUGGAUCGAAAAGAAAUCAAUAGGCACAGUAGUGAGAGUUUGUUUGAUCUGGAAGAUCAGGUGCGUAUAGCAGCUGAAAUCGAAAGAACUUUAAGUUUACAAGAGCUUGAAAAUAUAGCCAAUAUAAUGCAAACAACUCAAUCGAAAAUCUCACAGAAAAGUUCAAAGAAUGUAACUCCAGUGUCAAGUAGUCGUGGUUAUAACAUCAAUUUACUACCUCGAUUCAAUAGAAGAGCUAACUCUGUCAAAGAUGUGGAAAGUAAGAAGAUGAUUGCCGAGGAAAAAACGAGCAGUAACAUGGUUACGACCCUUCAUCGCAACAUUUAUCCGACACAUAUUUCACAAAACGCGGUUAUGUACAAUAACAAUAUUAACAAAAAUGAAACGCAGCAGAAUCUCACCAUUCUUGCCGAGAGCAAAAACAAACUAAAUUUUCUUAGCAAUAUAUUAAAAUUGAAAGCUCCUCAUAAGACGCCUCUUCAUCACCAAGUCUCAAGGAUCGUGCAUAAGAACAUUACGAACCCUAAAAUGAUACCAGCACAACAAAUUGUGAAAUACCAAUUAAACCCAAUGAUGAUAAACUACAAGAGCUUGAAAUACAUUGGCAAUAAUCAUAAUAAACAAUAUCAGGUGCAACAAUCAUUCAUGCCAUUUAACAUGCCGUUUUUCUCUAAGCCAACUGCGAAGUAUAUUGGCAGAAACAGCAAACCUUCGUAUUUCCACCAUGAAUUACAUCAUUUUGACUAUUUCGAAUAA